CAGUUCCUGCAGAAAAUUUGAGGGGGGUUCUGAGACAAAUAUGGAAGAAACAGAUCUACUUUCUAACGGAAUGACAUGUGACCAAGGUUCUGUGACUAUUCCACCCAACGAAACUGAGCAAGCAUCUACAAGUGCAAACAGGAGGAAGCGCACAAGAACCAACAGCAGAUAUACCCGCCGCCUCAGAAAUUUAGCUGAAACUGAAUUAGCCAGCAUCAGUCAUCACAAUCAGUCAGACCCUGAAAAAGCUAAGCUCAUCACAAAGUGCAGGAUACUUGGCAACGGCAACCUUCUCAAAGAUGUCAUUAGAAGGUAUGAAUAUCUGAAGACACAGAUUCAUGACUUGAAGAAGCUCUCUGUUCGUGAAUUUCUGUCAGAAAAGGAAGUUUCAGAAGAAUUAAUUGCCAUGGUGGAAUGUGAAGUGCGCAACCAUGAUAAGCACCCAGCUGGGAAUAGGUAUAAACCCACAGACAUAGAGCGAGCUAUUGGUUAUAAGAGCUCUGGUGGCAACAGUGGUUUGGAAUUUACAAGACAAAUUAGUAAGAAUCCUUCACGGCAAACUGUUUGCAGAGCAAUGAAAGGAUUUGACUUUGAAAUGGGUAUAUCUGAAGACACCCUUUGUAUGCGUCAUUUAAGAUACCUGUUUCUGAGUAAUGAAGACAGGGCAUUCAAGAUGGUUGUUCUUGCAUUUGAUGAGACUGCAAUCACAGAGCACCUGACACUACAGCCUGGAAAAGGAACUGUCCUUGGCUUUGCGGAUUCGGGUAAUGGAGACCGCCAUCCUACUUUGGCAAACAAAUUUUUCGUCAUGCUUGCACAAGGACUUUUGAUGGAUUGGAUGUUUCCUUGUGGCUUGAUGCUUGUCACUGGUACUAUAAAAGGUUUACCACUUGCUGAUAUUAUCGUCAAAGCCACAAGUGCUAUCCAACAUUUAGGUGGGGAUGUCAUUCUCACAGUAUGUGACCAAUCAGCUCCCAACAUAAAAGCUAUCAAGACUCUAAUGGCAAGGUUCCCUGUGAUUAAAAAUGGGAGUAGGUUGGAGAGCCAGUUUGAAGUUAGUGGCAAACCAGUGAUUUCGAUAUAUGAUUCUCCUCACAUAGCAAAAUGCGUGCGAAAUGCAAUGCUUGGUGGUGAAGGGUCUGACGUUGUCACUGGAUCAAUAGAAUGGCCUAUUGACGUUGAUGGAAGAGAAGUUAUUCAUGAAAUGCCCUGGACUGAAUUCGACAAGUUACGUGCUCUUCUUGGUAACGACUGGAAGCUUCUUGAUAAGUUAAGCGAUGCUCAUAUAACCCCCAACAAGAAGAUGAAGGUAAAAUAUGCUCUUGAGAUUUUUAGUGCAAAAAAUGCCACAUUGUUCCAUAGAGCUAGAGAUUUAUUGCCCAACGCCAGCAAAAAUGCCCAGGUUGUAAGAGAACUUGAUGAAUUGUUUGACUUGUGCAUUGGACAUAGUUCCAGAGAGCCAGUUGAUACUAUGAAAGAAGCAAGAAAGCCAAUGUCAGCUACUUCAAUUCACAUGAGAAGAUUUCCAGUAUACCUUGAGAAACUCAAGAAAGUCAAGUUUUGGUCUUACAGAAGAUGUAAGAAUGAGAGAACUGGACAUGUAGAAGUUAAAAAGUUUCCAUCUCAGUCAGUUGUGCCUCAAACUUGGCCUCAUACAAUCAAAGGACUCAUCCAUCUUUAUGAAUUGUUACGUGAGUUGAAUAUUGACAGUUGCAAUAUUCGUCGCGCAUUACAAGACUUUCUGGAGUCCUUAUUUGGCCGAUGCAAGUCAGGCCGGAAAAAUCCUACUCCACUGCAGAUACUGGAAGGCUUGAAAGUAGCCUGCAUCAGUCGUGUUCUAAAGCCCAAAAGCAGAGAUACUAACUGUGAUGAAGAAGGCAAGGUUUAUACAGGCAGUUUGCGACAGUUUAUGUCCUAUGGGGUCAAGGAUCAGGAAUGCCAGGGACAAGAUGAGAAUCUAGAACCAUCUGUUUGUGUACAGGGUAUUGAGGAAUAUUGUUCUGAAGAGGAGGUUAUUGAGGAAGAUGAGUCUGAAGAGGAAGACUUUCCUGUGUUGAGUCUUGAAGAUUCAGACAUACUUGACAUACAAGAAGGACCUCAGACUGAAUACGAGAACUGUGAUGCAGUGAAAAUGGCUGUUAAGGUCAUGAAGCAAGUACUUAGGAAUAAGUGUAAAUCCUGCAGCACAUUGCUUACUACAAGAAGUAACCCAACCGAAGUGUAUUCCUUGGCCAUCGAGAUAGACAGUCUUGGUGAAAGCAGUCUGCUUCCAUCUGAACAACUUGUUGAUCUUGUUAGAGAAACCAAAAAAAUAUUUCAGAAUUCAUGUCAGGAUCACAUACAUGAAACUAAGGCAAUGUUAAUGGUUAAUAAGAAUCUGACUCAAAAUAUUCGGUUUUGUUCCUGGUUCACUUGUGAAGCCCCUGGACAUUUCUCUAAUGUCUUAUGGAAGCUGUCGGAGGCGCUUGUCACAGAGCACAUCACAUUUCUAAACAAGCAGGUGAAAAAAGGACCAAGAAGGAAAAAUAGGGACCCGCAUAUUGUUCAAAAUCUUGUUGCCAAUUGUUUUGCGGAUGAUAAUGAGGACUUGGCUCAGGAAAUGGAGGAACAACUAGCUGAUGACAUUGAUGCAAUGGAGGGAGGCCAGCGGCAACCGAAUAGCAAUCCGUUGCUUCUUGUUCAAUCUAGCUCCUCUGUGGUAUCAUCUGCUGCAUCUAGGGCUUUAGAAGUUGCUUCCUCAACAGGAACAGCAACUGGUAUCCCAAUUCGUACAGUCCAACCUAUACAGCAAGUUGCAACCGCCCGUGACACAAUUGGUGGAUGGUCAAUGAGUUUAGCAUCACCAGCCACAACUCUGCUCUUGAGAGCUGCCACUCCUCAGUCCAAGCAGUCCAUUCAGCCCCCAGGACAACCAGGUCAAAAAGUAACUCCUGUCAAAAUAGACCAUCGUGUGCCGCUGGCUACGAUGCCUAAAACUUGCCUUGUGCCUACUAAAACAGCAAGUAGUAUCCAAACUUUUCAGGCUAGAAAAGUUGACAACCCACAGGUCGUAACUUGCUCAGCACAAGGUGCUGCACUCCAGCCUGGUGGUAGGGUCCUUCCUCAAGGUUCAAAAUAUGUAACAAUUAUCCACAACGUGACAGGUAAACGUACCAGUCUAAUUGUGAAAUCUGGUGCUGCCCCUCCGGCUGGUUUAGGAAGAGGUGUUGGACUAAAUAUCCCAAGUGGUGCUUUGAGAACAAUGCAAACAAUUAAUAGCGCACAAGCUGGCCAUGGUACAGGUGUUUGUUGUGUUCAGGCCAGUCCUGGCGAACCAGUUGCUGAAAAGACUGGCGUGUCAGAUAUUGGUGGAAACAACAUUACUCAGAGAAUAGAGGCAGAACUGGAUGAUAAUGCUGGAAUCCCUGAGGAAGUGCACAGCAGUGACCCGCUCAUUAUGGAACUGGAAGCUGAUGGAUAUUUGCGUUUCUCUAAACAAAGAUGAUUUGCAUAGUACCUUAAAUUAUUCAUAACAGUAUGCGUUCUAAAUAUUUUCCUAUGGAAUGGGAACAGAUGUUAUUUGUCAACCAACAGUUGUUUAGAACCAAGGUACUUUGACUGUUCAAAAACUACUGCAGACUUCUUGUGAGUCUAAAUAUCCAAAGUGGUGCCUUGAGAACAAGUGGGCCCAUGUAUGGAUUAAUCUAUCUAUUUGAAUGAUUUACUGUUAAGAGCUGACUGGAUUGUGGUAUCACUGCCAAUUCUGCGAAGGCUCAAAGGCAUGCACAAGUUAACCUUGCAGUUCGAGAUGAGAGUGGUCAAUUUGAGUCCCUUGAUCUUACUCAGUAUUCUUCACCUCUAGAUCUUCCUCAUGUGAUGAAAGUUCAGGAGCCCAAUGGCAGUGAUGAGAGGCUCACCUCCUGAUAACUGCCCGCCUACUGAAAUAUCUUCAAUUAAACCUGGCAUAAUGUUGCAGGUUCCCUCAGACCAACGAGGGACGUCCUCUCUGG